CAGCGCUCCCUCUCAGCCCCAUUGCCGAGGUCCCGUGCCCCGAUGGAGCCGGAAGAAAAGAAGAUCUCGGUGUGGAUUUGCCAGGAGGAGAAGUUAAUCUCGGGCCUCACCAAACGCACCACUUGCUCGGAUGUGGUGCGGGUCCUUUUGGAGGAGAGCAGGCAGCGGCGCAGGCGGCGGCAGCAGCAGCAGCAGCCGCUGCAGCUGCAGCAGGCAUCGCUGCAGGAGUGCGGCGGGGGGAUGUUGUCGGGGCUCCCGCAGUCUUACUGCAUCGUGGAGAAGUGGCGGGGCUUUGAGAGGAUCCUGCCCAACAAGACCAAGAUCCUGAGGCUCUGGGCGGCCUGGGGAGACGAGCAGGAGAACGUGCGCUUCGUGCUGGUGCGCAGCGAGGCCUCCUUGCCCAACACCGGACCCAGGAGCGCCGAAGCCAGGGUGGUGCCCAGCAGGGACAGCCCGGGAUGCCACGGCUUGGGGGUUACAGCCCGGGCCAGCCUGGCUUUGAGCCAGGAACGGCAGAGGCGCGUGGUGAGGAAAGCCUUCCGCAAGCUGGCCAAGAUCAACAAGAGGAAGGGGCAGCCGCAGCUCGAGGAGCCGCCGGCCAAGGAAGCCCCGGCGGGCGAAAGGAUGGAGACUCUGGUGCAUCUGGUCCUUUCGCAGGACCACACCAUCCGGCAACAGAUCAAGCGGCUCCGCGACUUAGACCGGGAGAUCGACCGCUAUGAGGCGAGGAUUCAUUUCGACCGCAUGAAGCGCCACGGAGUCAACUACGUGCAGGACACUUACUUGGUCGGGGAAGAGCCGGAGCCCCCCGCGGGCGAGCAGGAGCUGAAGUCUCCCGCAGGGGCGGCCCCGGCAGCGGCAGCGGCGGGGGAGUUAGAGAAGCCGGCGGCCGGCGGCGAGGACUUGGAGGAGUACGCGCGGAAGUGCGAGCAGGUGGCUCGGGUGCAGGAGCAGUGGCGCCGCCAGGAGGAGCUGAUCGAGCAUUUGGCCGGCGAGAUCCAGGAGGAGCUCAACGAGCGCUGGAUGAGGCGGCGCCGGGAUGAGCUGGCGGCCGCCAAGGGCUCCAGCGCCAGCCUCUCCGAGACUGACUGCAACACCACCGAGCUGAGCGGCGGCGGCGGCGAGCUACACGUGGAGCAGGAGCGCGUCAAGACGCAGUUGAGCACCAGCCUCUACAUCGGGCUGCGCCUCAACACGGAUUUGGACGCCGUGAAGUCGGACCUGGAAUUUACACAGCGCGCCUGGGCCGAUAAAGAGCGGGAAUUGCAGCGCCUGCUCGAUUCCCUGGAGUCCUUACACGAAACGGCGGUGGCAGACGAGGACGAGCGACGGGGCCUCCCUUUCAACCCGGGCGACGAGCUGCCCUCUUCGGUCCCGAUCACCUCGGGAGAUUGGGGUGAGGAAGCCGCCCGGAGUUUGAGCAAAGACCGCGAGGAUCGGGAAGACGAGGAUUCCGACACGGGUUUAAGCUCUAUGCACAGCCAAGACUCGGACUCGGUGCCUGUGUGUGAAUCCCUCGUGUAGCACUCCCCCCCCCCCCCGCUCUCUCUCCUCCCGGGCUUUUCACAUCAUCUCAGGGACUGCAAAGCUGUGUGUCCCCCCCCCCCCCCUGUUUUGACCUUCGGUGCACCAGUUUCCAUCGGCGCAAAAUGUUUGGAUUAAAGAGUUCCUGCUUUUCCUCCCGUUUCUGAUGUAUUGCAAUACAUUAUCAUAAUGCAGGAUCCAAUCUGGGUCGGUGACCGGGACCAUGUUGAUAGUUCAUU